AUGGUUGGCUCAGUUGCCGUUCAUUCCGUCCUCGAAGGCAUUUCACUCGGGCUGCAGGUAAACGGCGUCACGCUGGAGUGGCUGGUGCUCGGCCUGUACAUGCACAAGACGCUGACGACAGCUGCCGUGGCCCUCGACGCGGCUGCCAUGAACCACGGCUCCCUCGUGCCUGCCAGCGCCGGCCUUGUGAUUGCCAGCUCCGUGCCUGCUGGACAGAUGGCUGGGUUAUUGGUUGGCCGGCCGAUCGAGAAUCUGACCAAGGCCAUUGUUGAAGCAUUGACCGCAGGCACUUUCUUUUACGUCACCUUAUUGGAAGUCCUGCCGCCCGAGCUGAACCGCCAGCAGGAUCGCAUCUUCAAGGUCACCUUCAUGAUUGUUGGCUUUGCGCUCGUUGCCACAGCUAACAUCACCUCGAACCACGUGGCCCUUACCUACUCCUGA